CAGAAUGGCUGUGAGGCGAGCACUUGGGCCUGCGGCUGUCUGGGCCUGUUUGUGUGUGGGGCCCCCUCAGAUUGGAGGCAAACUUGGGGGCCCUCCCCGGAGAGACCAAAGCUGUGGACAAAGCUGUUGAGAGGCUUCAAGGCCCGCUAGAGGGGACGUGAGUGAAAAAGCGGCCGGCUCUGAGGAAGCAGCGUGGUAGUAAGACUGUGUAAGAGCUGGGGAGAUUUUAGUAAAUAAUCUCUACACCCAAGGAGGGGCUUGAGCUUACAACACCGAGGUCAAGAGUCACAUGUUCUGCAGAUGGAGCCAGCCGGGCGCCCCUGGAAGUUCUUUCUGGACACAGCCAAGAGAUGCAGCAUCUGCACACAGAUAAAGGAGGAGUGGAACUUCGUGGCCGAGUGCAGGAGGAAAGGCAUCCCCCAGGCUGCGUACUGCAAGAAUGGCUUCGUAGACACCAGCGCGAGGCUUCUGGAAAAGAUCGAAAGGAACACUUACGCGAGGCAGAGUUCACUUUCCAAGGAGAGAGACAAACGGAGGAGUCCGUUUGUGUUUGAGCUUUCGGGGGAGCAGUGGACGGAGCUGCCGGAUUCACUGAAGGAGCAGACGCACUUGCAAGAAUGGCACAUCACUAACACCCUGAUUCAAAUCAUUCCUACCUACAUUGAGCUGUUUCAAGCGAUGAGAAUUCUGGAUCUGCCAAAAAACCAAAUCUCCCAUCUUCCGGCUGAAAUUGGUCGCUUGAAGAAUCUGAAAGAACUCAAUGUGAGCUUCAACCUUCUGAGAAGCAUCCCUCCAGAAUUGGGGGACUGUGAAAAUCUAGAGAAACUGGAUUGUUCUGGAAACCUAGAAUUAACGGAGCUCCCCUUUGAAUUAAGUAACUUGAAGCAAGUUACGUUUGUAGAUAUCUCAGCAAACAAGUUUGCCAGUGUCCCGAUCUGUGUCCUGAGGAUGUGUAAUUUGCAGUGGUUGGAUAUCAGCAACAAUAUCCUGAAUGACCUGCCCCAAGAUAUAGACAGGCUAGAAGAACUGCAGACUUUUCUCUUGUAUAAGAACAAGCUGACCUAUCUUCCUUAUGCCUUGCUUAACCUAAAGAAGCUCACCUUGCUAGUCGUCAGUGGGGACCAUUUGGUGGAGUUCCCGACUGCCCUGUGUGACUCAUCCACACCUUUAAAAUUUGUAAGCCUUAUGGACAAUCCUCUUGAUAAUACCCAGUGUCCAGAUGGCGUUGAAGUGAUGGAAAGUGAACGAGAUCGUCAAUGCUUUGAUAAAGAAUUUUUGAAAGCCUAUCUUGAAGAUGUUAAAGAAAGAGAAUCUGUUCCCAGCUAUACCACCAAAGUAUCUUUUAGCCUUCAGCUUUGAUACCAUCCAUCAGAAGACUGCAGAAUCUCCCUGUGCUGCCGAGCUAUAAAUCUUGGUGUCUGGAAUAAUGGUUUGCGCUUCAGGACAAAGUCUAGAAACCACAGUCCUAGUUAGGAAAAAUGAUUUUCAGAUUUCACAUUUGUGAAUACUUCUCUCAGUGGACUGGAGAAUUGAUAAAUGGGUUUAUAUAUAAAGGUUCAUUUACAUAUACUUUUUUCCCCCAAAUAAUGCACCUUUAAUAUUUUAGAAAAUGUGUUAUUUUUUUAAAUUAAAACCUAGAGACCAAAAUCUGAAGUUGAUUGCACUGUUUUUAGGAAUCCAGGGAUAAAGGGGUUGUAAAAAGAGCAUUUAUAUGGGACUAGCCAAAUGAGAUUUUAUUUUGAAAGAGUUUUAAUGAAUUAUUUCUUUUACUGAGAAAAGCUUCCCUUGGGUUAAUACAAACUGCUAUUUUCAUAUGUUUUAAUUGUAUUUUCUAAGUGUAGGGUCUUAGGAAACACUUUAAGUAUAAUUUGGGCAUUGAAGGUAGAAAGAAGGACUGGAUUGUCUGCUCUUGUAUUGGGCACAGGACACUCAGAUGGUGCACUGGUGGUCCUCACAGAGGCAUUGUGGUCCUGGCUGGUCCUGGGAAGACUUACAUGAUCUACAUGGAUGGUCUUCUUAUCCUGAGUGGGUACUUCAUGGGUCUCAGGACGCACCUUAGAACAGGGAGCAGAGACAGCACCCUCAGGAACCCCUCCUCCAAGGUGGCUGUGGAAGGUAGCAGGGAUGACUAGUCUGUACCAGUGAGGACGCCCUAGCAAAGCUUCCUGACAGGUGCCACAGGAGGCUCUGCCCAGGCCAUCAUGCUGCAGCCCACAGGGAGCUCAUGAGACUAUUUUUUGUUGGCAGAGAUAGGGCUUUGGACUCCUACGUCAUAUCAUCUGAUUUGGAGAGAAAUUGUACAAAUAUUUAUUUUUAUACCACUGUUUUAGGCUAGAGGAAACAGGACUGUAAGUAGAAGAUAAGUCUUAACAAACAGCUUCUGUGAUUAAGAAAGAAAAAGUGCAUAUAUUCACAUUUAUUCCUAUAUGAAUUGACUCCCACAUGGUCUAAUUCAGUGCCAUCCAGUAGAAUGUUCUGCAGUGAUGAAAAUGUUCUGUAUCUGCACUGUCCAAAUGUAGUGACCAUCAGACACACAGGCUUUUUGACUAACUGGAUAAUGACUGAUAUAACUGAAGAACUUUUAAUUAAUUAAGGUGGUUUUUUUUUUUUAGAUUUUAUUUAUUUA